AUGGGUGGUAGUUAUUUAAUUGCAGGUCGCAAUGUACAGUCUCAUUACCUCGCGCUCGCUGUAUUGACGUCGUUUGGUCUCGGAAUCAUGGCUGUAAGAGCAAAAUCAAAGCCGAAAAUUCAAUAUUCAUCUCCUCCACCAAUUAAUUCAUCUUCUGCAGAAGAGGAAGCUUUUAUCAAAGAAUUUUUAAAGCAUGCGGAUGAAAAGAAAAAGGAAAAUCAUUAA